CCUACGCCAAUGAAAAGUGGUGGAAGCAGCAAUAGUAGUAAUAUGGUGGUUGGUAAUAAUGGUAGCAAUUGUGAUACAGAACCAAUGGUAGCACAAAAAGGUCGAAAAUUAAAGCAAUAUGUUUUGGAAGAGAAGCUUGAUAUUAUCGACUAUGCUAAAAUAAUUGGAAAUCGAGCAGCCGGACGAGAAUUUAAUGUUGCAGAAAGUUCAAUACGUGAAUGGAGGAAGAAUGAGCAAAGGCUUAGGCAUUAUUAA